CUAGCCGCUACCAUUUUGCCGAGGGUCACGGUAGUUUCCUGUGUUUAGUCUGCGGGUAGUUAGUGCUCGCUACCAGAUUACAUACAAUACAGUAAAGAAGAAACGUAAGGAUAUUUGACAAAUUCAGUUGUGCUGAACAAGAUGAUGUCUGACAAGAAGCAAACCUCAGAACUUCCUGAUGCACAUGGAGGGCGUCUAGAAGAAAACUCGGGGACUGAGCUAUUAAAUGUGAAGGAAGAGGAUGAGACAGAUGACAUGAAUAGUCAUCAGACUGAAAUACAUUGGUCCCUCCCUGCCGGUGAAGAUAACGCUGAUAUAGUGAAAGUCGAGAUAAUAGAAGAUCUGUGUGCGACGCUGGGAACCCCAUAUGAAGAAGCCAGUGCCCGUAUCAGCCCACGGCGUCUAAAGGAAAACCCGGGCACUGAGCUAUUAAAUGUGAAGGAAGAGGAUGAGACAAAUGACAUGAAUAGUCAUCAGACUGAAAUACAUUGGUCUCUCCCUGCCGGCCGUAUGGAUGUGGCACCUUCAGAUGGCUCAGAGGUUGAGCACACAGGAGAACCGUAUGUGUGUGAUCACGUAAAGACUAAGGAUGAUGAAGUUCCUAUAAAUACGGCUACAGGGCAUCUAGAAGAAAACUCGGGGACUGAGCUAUUAAAUGUGAAGGAGGAGGAUGAGACAGAUGACAUGAAUAGUCAUCAGACUGAAAUACAUUGGUCCCUCCCUGCCGGCCAUAUGGAUGUGACCCCUUUAGAUGGCUCAGAAGUUGAGCACAGAGGAGAACCGUAUGUGUGUGAUAACAUGAAGACUAAGGAAGAUGAAGUUCCUAUAAAUACGGCUACAGGUGAAUUUACGAACUGCAGUAAUCAUUCUCCUAGUCAUGGUGAAAGUACAGAUACUACUUUCAAUAUUCUUCAAAAUCCAAGAGCCAAUGUGGGAAAUGUAUGUUCUGAAUAUGGCACAUGUUUUUCCAGGAAUCCAAAUCUUCUAAGAGUGAAAAUUGAUACAGGAGAGAAGGCAUUUUCAUGUUCUGAAUGUGGGAAGUGUUUUACUGACAAAUCAACUCUACAUAAACAUCAGAAAAUUCAUACAGGAGAGAGAGAAUUUUCAUGUUCUGACUGUGGGAAAGGUUUUGCCAUGAAAUCAUAUCUUAUUAGACAUCAGAAAAAUCAUACUGGAGAGAAAGCAUUUUCAUGUUCUGAAUGUGGGAAAGGUUUUACCAUGAAAUCAUUUCUUAUUAGACAUCAGAAAAUUCAUACAGGAGAGAAAGCUUUUUCAUGUUCUGAAUGUGGGAAAUGCUUUACUCAGAAAUCACAUCUUAAUGUACAUCAGAGAAUUCAUACAGGAGAGAAAGCUUUUUCAUGUUCUGAAUGUGGGAAAAAUUUUACUGUGAAAUCAAAUCUUAAAGCACAUCAGAAAAAUCAUACUGGAGAGAAAGCAUUUUCUUGUUCUGAAUGUGGGAAAUGUUUUACCACGAAAUCAGAUUUUCUUAAACAUCAGAAAAUUCAUACAGGAGAGAAAGCUUUUUCAUGUUCUGAAUGUGGGAAAUAUUUUACUCAGAAAUCACAUCUUAACACGCAUAAGAGAUGUCAUACAGGAGUAAAAUCUUUUUCAUGCUCUAUUUGUGGGAAGUGUUUCACUGACAAAUCAACUCUAAAUAAACAUCAGAAAAUUCAUACAGGAGAGAAAGCAUUUUCAUGUUCUGACUGUGGGAAAUGUUUUAUCGUUAAAUCAAGUCUUAUUUUACAUAUGAAAAUUCAUACAGGAAAGAAAUCUUUUUCAUGUUCUGACUGUGGGAAAUGUUUUACUGUGAAAUCAAGGUUUAUUACACAUCAGAAAAUUCAUACAGGAGAGAAAGCAUUUUCAUGUUCUGAAUGUGGGAAAUGUUUUACUGUGAAAUCGACUCUUAAUGCGCAUCAGAAAAUUCAUACAGGAGAGAAAGCUUUUUCAUGUUCUGAAUGUGGGAAGCGUUUUACUUACAAAUCAAAUCUAAUUAAUCAUAUGAAAAUUCAUACAGGAGAGAAAGCAUUUUCAUGUUCUCAAUGUGGGAAAUGUUUUACCAUGAAAUCAAGUCUUCUUUCCCAUCAGAAAAUUCAUACAGGAGAGAAAUCAUUUUCCUGUUCUGAAUGUGGGAAAUGUUUUACUCAAUUAUCACAUCGUAAUGCACAUCAGAGAUUUCAUACAGGAGAGAAAGCUUUUUCAUGUACUGAAUGUGGGAAAUGUUUUACAAUGAAAUCAGAUCUUAAAAAACAUCAGAAAAUUCAUACAGGAGAGAAAGCAUUUUCAUGUUCUGACUGUGGGAAGUGUUUUACUUACAAAUCAAAUCUAAUUAAUCAUCUGAAAAUUCAUACAGGAGAGAAAGCAUUUUCAUGUUCUCAAUGUGGGACAUGUUUUACCAUGAAAUCAAGUCUUAUUUUACAUCUGAAAAUUCAUAAAGGAGAGAAAGCAUUUUCAUGUUCUGACUGUGGGAAGCGUUUUACUUACAAAUCAAACCUAAUUAAUCAUCUGAAAAUUCAUACAGGAGAGAAAGCAUUUUCUUGUUCUCAAUGUGGGAAAUGUUGUAUCACGAAAACAAGUCUUAUUUCCCAUCAGAAAAUUCAUACUGGAGAAAAAGUGUUUUCAUGUUAGGGGAAGUAUUAGUUUCACCUGUGUGGGCCUAAACUAUAGAAUUAGCUCAGGAACUUCUGAAGCUUGCUGCAUUAUUUUUCUCUGUUAAAGUAAGCUUCUCUGUUUAAGUAAAGAGUUUAAAAACCAA